UCCGGAAAUAAUUGUAGGUACCGACGUCGGAUACCAUCUUGUUUUUUGCUGCACGAGACGUAACCGCAAGCUUUCAGAAGGGAAUUAGGGGAUUUUAUAAAGUGAUUUCAUAAAAUCAGGGGAAUUUCGUUUGUACUACAUUUCUUAUAUGUACCGUGUUAAUAAAAGAACUUGCAAUUGAAGACAUUUUUCAGACAUUCGAGAGUCAGCUUUUACGCGAGACAAUCUGCGUUCGUCAACGAUCCUAGUCUUUGUAAUUGCGACGCAAUUGUAAGCCAUUGUUAGAUUAUUCUCAUCAGCAAGUAAUUUGAGAAGGAUCUGAUUUUUGAGAAGCUCGUUCAACACCAAAUAAAACAAGAUGGGUCGAAAAGGAAAAAAGAAGAAGCAGGGCACUGAGGAAGAAGCUGCAUCAACUUCAAAAGCUACUUCCAGUGAGCAAUUACAAAAGGAACAGGCCUCACAGCAGAAAGAACAAGAGAAACAAGUAACUCAAGGUUUACCACAGAAGCAGCAAGUAUCACCAGGUCCACCUCAACAACCUCAAUCUCAAUCUCAGCUACAAGGAGCAUGGGCUCAACCUCGAUCACAGCAGCAAGUACGAGGCACACCACAACAGCAACAAGAGCAAAGAGCACGGGACCAACCACAACAGCAAGUACCUCGAGGCCCUCCAUCAUUGCAACAACAGCCAGGAGGUCCACCACAACCACAAGGAGCAUGGGGUCAACCACAACAACCAGCAGUACGAGCUCCACAACCACAAGGAGCAUGGGGUCAACCACAACAAGCAGCAGCACGAGCUCCACAACCACAAGGAGCAUGGGGUCAACCUCGAUCACAACAGCAAGGAGCAUGGGGUCAACCACAACAACCAGUAGCACAAGCUCAACAACCGCAAGGAGCAUGGAGUCAACCCCAAUCACAACAGCAAGUACCACGAGGCCCACCACCAUCGCAACAACAGCCAGGAGUGCAAGGUCCACCACAGCAACAAGAAGCAUGGGGCCAACCCCAAUCACAACAGCAAGUACCACGAGGCCCACCACCAUCGCAACAACAGCCAGGAGUGCAAGGUCCACCACAGCAACAAGGAGCAUGGGGCCAACCCCAAUCACAACAGCAAGUACCACGAGGCCCACCACCAUCGCAACAACAGCCAGGAGUGCAAGGUCCACCACAGCAACAAGGAGCAUGGGGCCAACCACAACAACCAGUAGCACGAGCUCAACAACCACAAGGAGCAUGGGGUCAACCCCGAUCACAACAGCAAGUACCACAAGGCUCACCAUCAUUGCAACAACAGCCAGGAGUGCAAGGUCCACCACAGCAACAAGGAGCAUGGGGCCAACCCCAAUCACAACAGCAAUUACCACGAGGCCCACCACCAUCGCAACAACAGCCAGGAGUGCAAGGUCCACCACAGCAACAAGGAGCAUGGGGCCAACCUCGAUCACAGCAACAAGUUUCAACUGAUAUUGGUGGUGGUGGUGAUUCUAAAUUAGUAACUGGCAAAGAUGAUAUGCAGCAACCAACAACAAGUAUACAAUCUGAGUUAUCUCAAAUGUCUCUGAGAGAUCCAUUAACACAGACAAAAACUUCUCUAAAAGCAAAAAUGACAUCUAGUGCCAUGAAACAAUAUCAACUCGCUAUACCGAGGAGGAAAAAUCCUUGGAAAGCUGGAACAUUAGGAACACGGAUUACCGUUUAUACAAAUAUGUUUGAAAUCAUAUUUAAUACAAAUUUUAUAACAAAUGCUGUUCAUUAUGAUGUGGAUAUUACGCCUAUUGCUCCAAAAGCUUUAUAUAGAAAAGUUUUCGAACAAUGUAGGGUUAAUUACUUUAAAAACAGAUAUCCAGCAUUUGAUGGCAAAAAAAAUGCAUACAGUGCAAAUGAUCUACCUUUCAAUGAUUCUAUGGAAAGUGAUAUCGAAAUUUAUGAUAAUGAACGCGAGAGACAAAGAACAUUUAAAAUUGCUAUAAAGAAAGUAGCUAAUAUUGAUCUUAGUUGGGUAAAAAAUUUACAUCCUGGUGUUGAUGAGGCUGACAGAGAUCAAACCAGUAUACAAGUUUUAGAUAUCAUCAUGCGUCAUGCACCCGAGUCACGAUUUUUGAGCGUUGGAAGAUCAUUAUUCUGGAAUACAGAUGAUUCAGAACCAUUAGGUGGUGGUUUAAGUCUGUCGCGCGGUGGAUUUUCAUCUGCUGUACUUGGCUGGAAACCAUAUAUAAAUAUAGAUGUUGUCCAUAAAGGAUUUCCUACAUCUCAGAACGUUAUCAGUUUAAUGGCUGAGCUUACGAGAGCAAGAGGCCAAGCACCAAGUCCAGCAGAAGUGAAUGAUAGACGGAAUCGGGAGAAAAUAGAGAAAUUUUUAAAGGGUUUAAAAGUAAUUUAUCAAAUACCCGGUCAAUCGCGUACAAAACGAACGUAUCGUUUAAAUGGAUUAGGUCCAAGUGCUGUUCAACAUCAAUUCGAAUGUGAUGGAUCAAUGAUAACAAUAAUACAAUAUUUUGCGCAAUCAAAGAAUUACAAUUUGCGUUAUCCCGAUCUGCCUUGUCUCUGGGCGGGCGCGACGAAUAGGGCAGAAAAAAUUUAUUUGCCCGCCGAAUUAUGUACCAUUGCGCCUGGUCAGUCUAUUAACAGAAAAUUGGAUGAAGAACAAACUACCAGCAUGAUUAGAUACGCAUCAACGCCUGCACCUAUUCGUAAAAGGAGAAUAGAAGAUGCGUUUGCAAAGAUUGAUGUGAAUAAUAGUCUCACUAUGAGACAAGAAUUCCAUAUGUCUGUACAUCCAAGAAUGAAAGAAGUGGAUGCUAGGAUUUUACCUGCUCCGUUAUUACAAUAUAAUGGAAGAGUGGCAAGAGUGAACAAAGGAAUAUGGCAGAUACCUGGAACAUUCCUGGAAGCCAGUAAUUUAGGAAAAGAUACAUGGACUAUUCUUGAUUUGAGUAACGCAAUAUUGGGCAGUCUUAUACAUGAAUUUGUAACUGCAUUGAAGCAAUGUGCAAACGAAGUUGGUAUGGUUAUUGGAGAGCCCCAAACUCCAUUUAAAACUUUGAAAUCGUACAAUCACGCAGAGAUCACUGAAUAUUUUAGAUCAAGAAGGGGUUUAAAUUUAAUAAUAGUGAUCAUACCAGAUCGUACAGAUACAACAUACGGCAAAGUAAAACAGAUCACCGAGUUAAAAAUGGGUAUUCUAACACAGUGUAUAAAGUUUAAGACUAUAAAGAAAAACAGCUACUCGGCAGUAAAAAACAUUCUUCUAAAGAUAAAUUCGAAACUAAAUGGUGUUAAUCAUAUAAUCAAUUCACAAUCUAUACCAUAUUGUUUAAAGAAUAAUGAUUGUAUGCUUGUUGGUGCCGAUGUGACACAUCCAUCUCCUGAUGCUAUUAAUAUACCCUCUAUAGCGGCGGUUGCUGCAAGUAGUAAUACUUCUGCUUUCCAAUAUAACAUUGCGCUUAGGCUUCAACAACCCAAAGAAGAAAUGAUUUUAGAUAUUGAAGAAAUAAUAAUAUCGCAACUACAGAUCUAUAAGGAGAAAACAUCGCGUCUACCUAAUAAAAUUAUCUAUUACCGAGAUGGAGUCAGCGAAGGGCAACUUGCUCAAGUUAUGCACUUCGAAAUAAGCGCCAUUAAACGUGCGUGCACAAGAUGGAAGGCCGGUAAUAUUCAAAUUACUUGCCUGGUUGUUCAAAAGAGACAUCAUGUGCGUCUUUUCCCAACGCAUGACGCGGAGUCCGAUGACAGAAAUAAAAAUGUGAAAGCAGGCACGAUUGUCGAUACUGAAAUUACUCAUCCAAAUCACAUUGAUUUUUAUCUCGUCUCACAUGCGAGCAUUCAGGGUACAGCGAGGCCUACAAAAUACAGAUGCAUAUGCAACGAAUCUUCUUAUACGGAAGAUAAUAUUGAGGAAUUAACAUAUUAUCUUUGUCAUAUGUACGCACGGUGUACGAGAGCGGUAAGCUAUCCCGCACCAACUUACUAUGCUCAUUUAGGAGCUUAUCGUGGAAGAGCCUUAAUAGAAGGAGUUCCAAUUUGCUUGGAUAAUUUAGAUGCAGAACAGAAUAAAUUGUUUAUGAUAAUUAUGAAAAAAACACCAAUGUGUUUUGUUUAACAAAACAGAAUCUGCUUUCCGAAGAUUAUCAAGGAUUGCUUUAUAUUCGCUUAAUAUCUUUAAUUAUAGUUUAACUUUUUUUAACGGUAUGGGCGGGUAUGAGUUUAUUAUAUAAACAUUUUAAAUGAUUAAAUUUCUUAUUUCAGUUAAUUGAUACAUCUAUUCCAAACUGAGUCGAUGAUAAUGUUAAUAUAAUCGUUUUUCCUUGUCUAUAUUUUAUAUUUCUAAUUUAUAUUUCUUUUAUAUUUCUCUGUCAUAUUCUUGAAUAAUUAUCUUGCCACAGUAAUAAUUAUCAAAAGUUUUGCUUGAUAAUUAUUACUGUCAAGACUUUUAUUUCUGUUUUUUGAUUAUUAAUUAUAUUUGACACAAAAAUUCGGAUUUAUUGCUAUUAUUAAACAUUCAAUAUACAAACAAAGAUAUAGAACCUACAUCAAAAUGCACAUAUGUAUAUGUUCGUGCAUAUAAUUUAAAUUUUUUGAAAAAUUUGAAAAAUUUAAAUUUUUUUUUUUUUUUUUUGCUUAUGAGUUUAUAUAUAUAUAUACCUACAAUAACAAUUGUAAUACUCUGUUUAUACUGUUAAUUACAAUACAAAUAAUAUUACAAUAUUUGUUUCUGCAAUUGUACAAUUACAGUAUAAACAAUUAUAUUUAUUGUUUAUACAAUUGUACAAUUGUACAUUAUUUUUAUAUAUAAUACUAUAAUGUGUAACGUUAUUUGUUUCGCGUAUUUAUAUAUACACUAAUCGUGAAUCACGAAAUAAUAUGUCACAGGAUUUUCAUAUAUAUAUAUAUAUAUUACGAGGUAUUUCCUAAUUCUGAUUCUAUCUUGCGUUUUUAUAAAUGGAGUAAUAAAACAGAGCUAAUUAAGAAAUUAUUUCCGAAACUGUGUAUAUGUUAAAGAAAAAUAAAUAAAC